UGUGGGCAAAAGGGUAAAUUGCUAGUUAGGGUUCCGCGAUGCCGGGAGGGAACGUCGAUGCGACUCUGUAUGUGAGUAAUCUGGAUGAUCGAGUGGACGAGCGAGUGCUGUAUGAUAUAAUGGUGCAAGCGGGACCUCUGGUAGAAGUUUACAUUCCCAGAGAUAAAGAGACUAAACGCCACAGAGGGUAUGGAUUUGCAGAGUAUGAGAGUGAGGAGAGCGCAAGCUACGCGCUCAGGCUUUUCUCUGGGCUCGUCACACUGCACAACCGGCCUGUGAAUUUCGCGUUCUCUGGGGGUGCGAAGAAAGUACCGCAGCAGCAGCAGCAGCAGCAACAAUCAAGCUUGUUCGAUCCAACACUGGAUCAAACACCUCCCAGCAGCAAGUUUGAGAGAUUUCUAUCGGCUUCUUCGUCGUCGGACAGAGAGUCGUAUUAUUCAGGCCAGCACCGCUCCUCGCGUUAUAGUUCCCGAGUUGCGAUGCUUGUCCAAAGAACUAACCACGGGCGCUAGUAACUAUAAUGAAUGUUAUGUUAGUACCAUUGACUUCCAACACUUAGUCUGCAUAUCAACCACAACGUAAAUACUUCUCACCUCAAAAUUACAUUGUAAAGGACAAUCUUCUUACUCUUGGAAAUAUUGCCAGUGGAAAUACUAAGUCAUGAACUUUA